UGUCAACUUCCUACCCAUUACCAAUUGAUCUGUAUUCUUCCUGACCACAACCCUAAACAAGCAAUUCCUCGACCAACCCUUCCGUCCUUUGCAUCAACGUCCGCAUAGCACCAAGUCCCGGGCUCUUCCACAAAUAGAUGACCGAUCACAACUGGCCAUUUAUAGUGAAUGGAACAUAUAUCCAUGUUGCUUCAACGUAUUCUAUCUACCAUCUUCUCCGCUUCUCACACAGGAGGAAACACAACCUCAUUCUCAACUCUCAAGAAAUACCCCCUCCCUGCUUCUUUAUCUCUCAUCAAAAUUCUCAAAUCCAAACAGCAGCCGAAUCGAAUACCUCCUCCGCAUGUGUGCUACACAGUAUUGGUAACCUUGGACUCCUAAGUCUUGACGUGGGGGUUGGGUUAUGUUUCGGGAGAGAGCAUGUGUUGAUAUUAGGAGAUGAAGAAGAUUCUUUGGUCAGUAGAUUCAUAAUUAUAUUGUGGAAUUGAUAUGGGGAUCGGGAUACGAUGUGCUGUAGUUAGGGUGAGGUUUUGGGGGUAUUAGUUCUGGGGAUGGUCGAAUGUCGACGAUGGAAGCAUUAAAUGGUUUGAGAAGAGUCCUUGUACUUUCCUACUUAACUUAAGAAUUUGUGAAGUGAGAUAUCAUAAAGCAGAGACAUAUC